GUAAAAUAAUGUGUCUUCCUACUGAUUGUUAUUUCCAUUUUUAAACACUAUAGCAAGCAUAGCUGGCCACCAUCUCAUCAUGUCUACUGAAGAUGAAAGUACUAUCAACAGCCAGCCUGAGCAACAGGCUCCACCAAAAGCUCAACCUUCAAGGAAGGAAAAAAAGAAAGGGCCAGAGAAGACGGAUGAAUCUCUCUUGGCCAGAUUCAAAGGUGAUGGUGUAAGAUACAAAGCUAAACUGAUUGGCAUUGAUGAUGUCCCAGAGGCAAGAGGAGACAAAAUGAGUCAGGAUUCAAUGAUGAAGCUGAAGGGAAUGGCAGUGGCAGCCCGGUCCCAAGGUCAACACAAACAGAAGAUCUGGGUGAACAUCUCCCUCUCUGGUAUCAAGAUAAUAGAUGAGAAAACUGGGGUCAUAGAGCAUGAGCAUCCAGUAAACAAAAUCUCCUUUAUUGCUCGGGAUGUAACAGACAAUCGUGCCUUUGGCUAUAUAUGUGGAGGAGAAGGCCAGCACCAAUUUUUUGCCAUAAAAACAGCACAACAGGCUGAGCCUCUGGUUGUUGAUCUUAAGGACCUCUUCCAACUAAUAUAUAAUAUGAAGAAAAAGGAAGAAGAUGACAAGAAAAAGACUGAAGAAUCAAGUGAGACUGAGAAUGAUAGUGAAGCACUACCUGCUGAUCAAGCUGACAAAAUGAAACUGGGAGUUGACCAGAUGGACUUGUUUGGGGAUAUGUCAACACCUCCUGAUAUGAGCAGUCCCACAGAAGCUAAAGAGAUUCUGUUAGUGGAUCUAAAUUCUGAAAUUGAGACCAAACAGACUUUUACAAAAGAGGAUCUCUUCUUGAAUGGCAUCACAACCUCUGUUCCACAACCAAAGCCACAACCAUCCUUCUUGCCUGAGAGUUCUUUCUCUGCCAGUCUCAGCUUCUUUCCCACACCUAAUCCAGACCCUUUCAGUGAUGAUCCUUUCGCACAGCCAAACCAAUCUGCACCAGAUUCAUUUGAUUCUCUAAAAUCUGCUGAUCAGAAGAAGGAAAGUCCAAGUACCUUGACAUCGGUGGGUAAUGGUGCUUCAAAUGGUGAUACUGACUACUUUGGUAAACAGUUUGACCAGAUUUCUAACAGAACUGGCAAACAGGAAGCACUAACAAGCCAGUGGCCACUUGAGAGUAAGUCGCCUGCAGCAAGAAUUCAAAAUGGGGUACCAGAAAGAGAACAAAAUGGCUUGCUUAACGCCCCAUCAAACCUGUUUGUGGAAGGUCCUUCCAAAGGUGUAUCUCUGCAGAAUGGAGUAAAGCUGGAUUUUGAAAGCAAUACCCAGCUCAUGUCACACGAGUCUAUAACAAUUAGCCCACCACCACAAAGUACCAAGCCAGGAAGAGGAAGGAGGUCUGUCAAGACUACAUCGAGUGACUUAUUUAGCUCAGAAUUCUUUGUGCCAACUGCAGAGAGCCUUAGUUUGAACUCAUUGCCACCUGGGUCACUGGACCUCUUCCAGACGAAUCCUACCACAGCACCUGCAUUGGUUACUCAAGGUGGCAUUCCACUAACUCCAUCACCAUGGAAUACACAGACACCUGCCUUCACUCAGGCUGCAUCAGUCUUUGCUGGAUCUGUGAUGCCUGCUCAGUCUACGGGAUUUACUCAGCCACUAGCCUUUCAUGCUCAAGCAGUGCCAAGCUGGAACCAGCCUGCAUCUUUUGGUCCAGCAGCCCCUCAGUGCCCUAGUAUCUGGGCAAAGCAAGCACAAGUUCCAUCUAGUUCAUGGCCACAGCCAUCCAGUGCUGUAAAUCCCUUCCAGAGUAGUUUAUUCCCAUCUUCAACACUACCUGCUCAGACAUCAUCUGUACUGCCCUCCAUGUCAACAACUGGCCCACCUCAGCCACCACCUAGAGCUGCACCUCAGAAGGAUCUAUCCAAGAAAGAGAGUGAUGCUUUUACUGCUCUGGAUCCACUUGGUGAUAAAGAGAUGAAAGAUGUCAAGGAAAUGUUCAAAGACUUCCAGCUGACAAAACCACCUGCAGUACCAGCAAGGAGAGGAGAGCAGCAAAGCCUUUCAGAACCGCCAAAGCCUGUUCCCCGACAGAGUGUGCUGCCAGCUGAUGACCUGUUUGAAAGUCAAGCUAAAACAGACCUUUUCUGUGCUUCAUCUGAAGAAUCUCAGAAACCACCUUCUGGUCCUUUUGGUGACCCUUUUGGCAACCCAUUUGCAUAG